AUGCCCAGGAUCAUGACGUGGAAUGUUAAUGGCAUGAAGACUCUUUUGGACGAGCUACACGUCGACACCUUUGCUAGAGUCAUAGACAAUUUAAAAUCAGACAUUAUAUGUUUCCAAGAAGCAAAGAUACCACGGCAUCUAGUUUCUUCUGAUCUGGCCAUUAUUCCUGGAUUUGACUCGUACUUUUCGAUCUGUAAAACCAAAUCUGGAUAUUCUGGAACUACAACUUACACUAGGCAGGAAACAGGAGCCGUGGAUGCAGCCGAUUGUUUCUUGGGAUGCUUGAAGAACGAGACUAGUCGUCAAGUCAUUGAUAAAUUGAUACAUCUCACGGACGUGCCAGAGCAAGAAUUGAAGAUCCUAGACACUCAAGGACGUGUCAACAUCACAGACCAUCGACUAUUUGUACUCCUGAAUAUUUACUUCCCCGCUGGAUCUGACCAUGAUGGCCUGGAUGAUUUCAAAAUGAAGUUCUCUCGCGUUAUUGAGGCUCGAGUCAAGGAAUUCAUCGCUCAGGGUCGCGAGGUCAUCUUGGUUGGGGAUGUGAAUUUGGUCCACACUGCUCUCGACCAUGGUGAUCCAGUUCAAAGCUGUAUAGAUUGGGGAAUAGAAAAGUUUGAAGAUCUUCCAGGUCGUCAAUGGAUUGACGGGUUUCUGUCACCUCAAGGAGUACUAGUUGAUUUAUAUCGAGUAUUUCACGAGAAUGAGCCAAACAGGUUUACACAUUGGAAUACGAAAACCAAUGCUCGAGAAGUGAACCUCGGUACAAGACUCGAUUAUAUUCUUGUUACUCCAGCAUUACUUCCAUGGUUUUCUGGCUGUGAAAUAUGGGAUCACGUAAAGGGCAGUGACCAUUGCCCGGUCGUAGCAGAGAUGGUUGAUAAACAUCCCGCUACAGGAGUGUUGUUAUCAGAUGUAUUAGGUCCCAUUCGAUCAGUAGAUGGUAAAUUACCAGAACCACCAGCGCUGUGUACUGGUAACUGGCAGGAAUUGAAGGGAAAACAAUUGUCUGUACUAGGAUUCUUUUCAAAAGACCCUACAUCAUCGUAUAUGCUGUCAGACUCUACAUCACAAACCACCAAACGUAAAUCAACGUCACCACCACAGUCAAAGAAUAAAAAUAAGAAGACGAAACCUGGCAACCAGGGAAAGUUAUCAUCCUUUUUCGUAAAGCCACCACCCUUAACUUUAGCUACUUCACAAUCAACAACUACAUCCCAAUCAACGACACAAUCAAUUCAAGAAGCUCCUCAACCUUCAGCAGAUCAACAGAUACAUGAAGAAGUACUCAAUACAACUAACAACUCUCCAUCCGAUACUGACAAUGAAGAUCUAUCAGACCUUUUGGAUGAACGAUGGCUCGUUCAAGUCAACUCUGAAGAAACGAUAGCAUCAUGGAAUAAAUUGUUUGCUGCACCUAAUGUGCCGAGAUGUCACCACGAUGAACCGUACUUUUAUCUUUGCGCUCGACCUGUUGGUCCUAAAAAUGGGCAGCCAAAGACACGGUUUGGGCAGGUUACCGAACAUCGCUGUGAUAUCUUUAUUUGGAAACACGGAGGCUACCUUCGUGAUGCUAACAAGAAAGAGACGAACAGUAGCAAACCUAAUAAGCGACGGCAGAGGUGA